AUGAAGUCCACCUUGGUGCUGCUUGCGAUUCUUGCCCAAGGCGCUGCCAUCACCACCCGCACGGAUGCCGCCAACGGUGGCAACCCCAUCCGCAAGGUGAUCACCAUGAUGGAGAAGCUGUCCGAAAAGGUCGAGUCUGAGGGAGAGAAGGAGGCAGAGCUCUACGAGAAGUUUGACUGCUACUGCAAAAACACCAUGAAGGAGCUGGAGGAGAACAUCAUGCAAGCGGAGAGCAAUCCAAUCACACCCGCAGACAUUGAGAAGAAGCAGUCCGAGAUUGUGGGCCUCGAGCAGGAGAUCCAAAAGCUGAAGGACGAUCGCAUCGCUGAGGAGGAAACACUGAAGGCAGCCACUGCCCAACGAGGUAAGGAGCACGAACAUUAUGUGGAGGAAGUCAACGAAGAGACUGAGGUGGUGCACAGUGUUGACAGCGCCACUGCGGCCUUGAGCUCGCCUGAGGGUGCAACUGCCUUCCUCCAGAAGGCCAAGGGCUCCAAGUCUGUGUCCAAGAUGCUUCGUGCCGUGGAGCGCUCGCGCGCCGACACGGAGGCCAAGCAAAAGGUGACGGCCUUCCUCAGCGGCCAGCGCAGCGCUGCCGAUCCGGGAUAUGUCGUCGGCAUGCUCUCCGAGAUCAAGGACAACACCGUUGAUGAGAUCAAGGUGGAGAACACGACUGAGGAGACCGCGGUGGAGAGCUACGGGGAGGUUAAGACUGCCAAGAAGACCGAGAUCUCCACUCUCCUGAAUCAGUUCGAGAGGAAGAUGAAGACCAUUGGUGAGAAGAAGUUGGAAGUCGUGAACAUGAAGCACGAGCUCGGCGAGAUGGGCGAGUCCAUUGAGGAUGACAAGAAGAUGCUGGCAGAGCUCAAGAAGAGCUGCAGCAAGAAGGCUUCGGACUGGGAGGUUCGCAAGGCUGCCCGUGCCGAGGAGCAGCUUGCUCUGAAGGACACCAUCAAGAUCCUCAGUGAUGACAAGUCCUUGGACCUCUUCAGGGCCAGGAGCGCAGCCUUUUUGCAGCUCUCUACAAACCGCGAGAAGGCCCGCCACGAGGCUCUGGCAAUGAUUGCCGCAGCUAAGCAGAAGGAUGCCAGCCACCCGGAGCUCAACUUCCUGGCGUUGGCGCUUUCCGGAAAGAAGGCCGACUUCGGCAAGAUCCUGGACAAGAUCGACAGCAUGGUGGAGCUGCUGGCAAACGAGUCCUCGGACGAUGUCGCCAAGCAGUCCUAUUGCAAGAAGGAGUUCCGGGAGGUUGCCCAGAAGUCCAAGACGCUGGAUGCCAAGAUCAAGUCCCUGACGGCCAGCGUGAAGGAGAAGAAGACGGCCAUCACCAAGCUUGCCGGAGAUAUCAGCGCCCUGCAGGCAGGCGUCGAGUCCUUGGAUGAGUCCGUGGCCAAGGCUGGGGACAACCGCAAGGCUGAGCACUCCGAGUAUCAGGAGAGCACAUCCUCCAACUCCGCGGCCUUGGACCUGCUCCAGCUGGCGAGGGACCGGAUGAACAAGGUCUACAACCCGACGAUGGUCACGGAGACCACUACGAAGAGCCCUUACGAUCCCUAUGCGCUUCUACAGUCGAGCUUCAUCCAGCUCAAGUCUCUCGAGGCCAAUGCCCUCUCCUUCUUCCAGCGUGCUUCCUCCAAGGUUCAGCAGCCCCCUCCGACCUUCGAGGGUGGCUACCAGAAGAAGAGUGAGGAGAGCAACGGUGUUCUCAAGAUGAUCGAUACCUUGACCAGCGACAUCGAGAAGGAGAUGGCCGUGGCCAAGACGGAGGAGGAGAAUGCUCAGGCAGACUACCAGGAGACUGUGGCCGACGCGGCCAAGAAGCGCGAGGCGGACAUGGCCCUUGCUGCCUCCAAAGCACAGGACAAGGCGGACCUUGAGGCUGAUCUUAAUGAUGACAAGAAGGAGAAGUCAGGCAAGAAGCAAGAGUUUGCUGCGGCUGCCAAGUACACCUCCGAUCUUCACGGUGAGUGUGACUGGCUCUUGGAGCACUUCGACUUGCGUGAGCAGGCCCGCACCGAGGAGAAGGAGAGCCUCAUCCGAGCCAAGACCGUCCUUGGUGGCAUGUGA